AUGAAAUUUCAGUCCCUUAUUUUUAUCCUUGUUGUUCUAUUUGCCUCAGUUGCCACAAAUCAAGCUAUUGCACUAAGCAAUUCGAGUUCCGUCAACAUCAACGAUCCACAUGUGAUUGAAAUCGCUAAUUUUGCUAUUACUGAGUACAACAAAAAAAGUACCGAGGCAAAAUUGAAGUUCGAGAAAGUCAUCAAUGGUCUGUCCUCAACUAUUAAUGAUGAGACAAACUACCGCCUAACCCUUGCUGCUAACAAUGGUUCAUCUUCUAACAAUUAUGGAGCAGUUGUGUUAGAGAAGUCAUCAAAGAACUACACCCUCAGAUUCUUUGCACUUAUUCACACUUAA